UUUUAUCCUCGCUUGGUACCCUUGCAUGAAUUAAACCCAGAAUCCAACACCCUACCAGUUGCCAUCCGCUGCUCGGCAGACCGUCUCAGUGACACUGGAGUCUACUUGUUAGAAAACGGACUCUCAAUGUUUAUGUGGAUUGGGCUACAUGUGCCUCAGGACUGGGUACAGAAUGUUUUUGGUGUCAACUCAGCCGCACAGAUUAAUAUAGAAUCUCAAAAACUUCUGCAAAUUGAUAAUAAAGUAUCAAACCAGGUGCGAAGUGUGGUUGAUGAUGUGAGGAAGAUGAGGCCAAGGUACAUGAAGCUAGCCCUGGUUCGUCAACGUGAUGCCCUGGAAGGAUGGUUCCGUCAUUUCUUAGUAGAGGACAAGGGGUCAAAUGCCACAGCAUCUUACGUUGAUUUCUUGUGUCACAUGCAUAAGGAGAUACGCAAUCUGUUGAACUAAGGACGAUGGUAUUGCAUCCAUUCUUUUAUGAAAACAUGAAACAUUGAAAAUUAUAAUAUUCUCUUGUGGCUGAUGAUUUAAUUACAAAGUUAUCAUAUGUUGCUUUCAGAUAUCACAUGGCCUUUGAGGGGAAAUAUCUAGAUUUGUAUCAUAACAUUUGUAAUUAUCAAAGCAUCCAACUAUUCUUUGUAGCUCAUAUUUCUUGGUAGAUGGUGGCUGUUUCUUAGUUCAUUUUGUACUUGUGAUGUAUUGUUCAGUUAGAGCAUGUGAUAAAAAUUGAGUUAAUAAUCAGUUAAGUCACUCAUUGACAAUUUUUAUUUAUAUGCUCAUGCACUCAGUAAUUAUAACAUUUAUCUACCAAUGACAUAAAUAUAGAAUUUUAACAUAAAUAUAUUUUCUUUAUGCAAGUACUACAGAACUUCCGUGGUUAGUUCUAGUUUCUAUGGAAAUUUAUCAUAAGUUUGAAGCCCAAAACAAUGACUUUUUCCAUCAGGAUCUUUGGUUACAUUGUCUCUAGACAACACUCAAGGCAAAUUAUUAGGUGCCACAUUAGGUGCCACAGAAAUGUUUCAUUUACUAUGGAAAUCUGAAGACAUAGAAAUGGAAAUGCAUUUUACAAACUUGAAAAGUCUGCUUUAUCUGCUAACAAGUUUGAAAAUUCUUUUUAUUCAUUCGGCACAAUGAUGACUAAACUACAAAAUGAUAAGAAAGCUGUUACAAAAGUUGGAAAACUUGGUAUUGCCUGAGCGAAAUGUGAUUCCUUGUAAACUAAUUUUGUUAAUAUAAAAUAUAUAAUAAGUAACCCCUCCCCCCCCCCCCAUGUAUUGAAAUUAAACAUUUGGAAAUUAGAAGGAAAGUAUUCCCGAGUUUCUUUUAAUUUUCUUUACUAUGCCUAUAAAUUUGUCACAAACAAAUGUGAGGUCUCUCUCCAAGAAAUAAGUCUCAGGGUUGGAAUAUCAAAAAUUUAGUUUAUUAUACAGUAUGUGGAUAGAUCACAUUAUAAGCUUUGAUUUGGUCUUUGGCUUCCCUAAGAUGAGUAGAUCCAGAGAUGUGAGCAUUUAAACUUUAGGUGCAUGAGAACCAGGUUUUGAGAAAAUUAGCUCCUAAGUUAAACUAACCCGUACAAAUAAUAGGACUACAAUUACAGAACAUGCAUGGAGUACACUGUUUUAGUAAGAAAAUUCAUAUUAAAUGUAUACAAUCAUUAAAAUCCGACUUU